AUGGGUAAGGAAAAGACUCACAUCAACAUCGUCGUUAUCGGCCACGUCGAUUCUGGAAAAUCGACGACCACUGGUCACUUGAUCUACAAGUGUGGUGGUAUCGACAAGCGUACCAUUGAAAAGUUCGAGAAGGAAGCCCAAGAAAUGGGAAAAGGAUCUUUCAAGUACGCCUGGGUGUUGGACAAGCUGAAGGCUGAGCGUGAACGUGGUAUCACCAUUGAUAUCGCUUUGUGGAAGUUCGAAACCUCCAAGUACUACGUGACCAUCAUCGAUGCCCCUGGCCAUCGUGAUUUCAUCAAGAACAUGAUCACUGGUAAGUUUUUUGAUUUUUAGACGUAUUUUUUUUAAGUCUAGGCUUUUCGAGAAUUACUUUGAAAUUUGGGGUUUUAGGCCACUUUUUGGUAAAUUGUUUUUGAACUAUAAAAAUUUAUGGUUGUAUCAUAGUUUGGGAAAAUUAUAUUCUAAAUUAUUUGCUUUUAGGUACCUCUCAGGCUGACUGCGCUGUCUUGGUUGUUGCUUGCGGAACUGGUGAAUUUGAAGCCGGUAUCUCCAAGAACGGUCAAACUCGUGAGCAUGCCCUCUUGGCUCAAACCUUGGGUGUGAAACAACUCAUCGUUGCUUGCAACAAGAUGGACUCCACCGAACCUCCAUUCUCAGAGGCUCGUUUCACUGAAGUCGUCAAUGAAGUUACCAACUUCAUCAAGAAGAUCGGUUACAACCCAAAGACCGUUGCCUUUGUCCCAAUCUCUGGAUUCAACGGAGACAACAUGUUGGAGGCCUCUUCCAACAUGCCAUGGUUCAAGGGAUGGGCUGUUGAACGUAAGGAAGGUAACGCUACCGGAAAGACCCUUCUCGAGGCUCUUGACGCUAUCGUCCCACCAACCCGUCCAACCAACAGACCUCUCCGUCUGCCACUCCAAGAUGUAUACAAGAUUGGAGGUAAGAAACGAAUAUUUUUUUUAAUUACUGUUGGGUAAUUUGAUAUAUUUUUGGUGUUGAGUUUUUCUAACUAUUUGUUCUUUAGGUAUUGGAACUGUUCCAGUCGGUCGUGUUGAAACUGGUGUCAUCAAGCCAGGUAUGGUUGUCACCUUCGCCCCACAAGGUGUCACCACUGAAGUCAAGUCCGUUGAAAUGCACCACGAAUCUUUGGCCGAAGCCGUACCCGGAGACAACGUUGGUUUCAACGUAAAGAACAUCUCAGUCAAGGACAUCCGUCGUGGUUCCGUCGCUUCGGACUCUAAGAACGACCCUGCCAAGGAAUCUCGCUCCUUCACCGCCCAAGUUAUCAUCAUGAACCACCCUGGACAAAUCGCCGCUGGAUACACUCCAGUUUUGGAUUGCCACACAGCUCACAUCGCCUGUAAAUUCGCUGAAUUGAAGGAGAAGGUCGACCGUCGUUCUGGAAAGAAGGUCGAAGACAACCCAAAGGCCUUGAAGUCUGGUGAUGCCGGUAUCGUCGAACUUAUCCCAACCAAACCAAUGUGCGUUGAAGCUUUCACCGACUACGCCCCUCUCGGUCGUUUUGCCGUCCGUGACAUGCGUCAAACCGUCGCUGUUGGUGUCAUCAAGUCCGUCGACAAGUCUGAAGGUGGUGGCAAGGUCACCAAGUCUGCCCAAAAGGCCGCUGGUGGAAAGAAGAAGUAA